UCUCAACUUCCCUCUCACCACACACACAAAAAAAAAUGUUUCUCCCCUUUCUAGCCUUAGCAAUUUUGCUCAUUUUCUCUCCUACCACCAUUGCAACAACUUCAAGUGAAAUCAAGAACUCAACUCAUGAAAUCUUCAAUGUAAAAGAAUCCAUUGCCCAAUUAGACACAAAACCCCAAACCCCAUUUGAAAAUCAAGAAGAAUUUCAUGUUGAUAAUGAAAUUGAACAAGAAAAUGGAAAUUGGAAACUCAAGCUCAAGCUCAUUCACAGAGACAAACUACAAAUUCCCCAUUUUCCAUAUAAUAAUAACAAAGUAUUUGAAGGUCGAAUCAAUAGAGAUUUGAAAAGGGUGUCCAGUAUCAUUCACAGAAUUCAAAAUGGUGGUGUUAAUUACCGGGUCGAGGAAUUCGGGUCGGAUCUUAUUUCGGGUAUGGAUCAAGGUAGUGGGGAAUAUUUUGUUAGGAUUGGUGUAGGUAGUCCAGCUAAGAACCAAUACAUGGUUCUUGAUUCUGGUAGUGAUAUUGUUUGGGUACAGUGUCAGCCCUGUACCCAAUGUUAUCACCAAUCCGACCCGGUAUUCGACCCAUCUCUUUCCGUGUCGUUUACUGGUGUCCCAUGUGGGUCGUCAGUAUGCGACCGGGUUGAGAAUUCUGGUUGUCAUUCGGGUCGGUGUAAAUAUGAGGUUAUGUAUGGUGAUGGUUCAUAUACUAAAGGUACAAUGGCAAUUGAAACAUUGACAUUUGGUCACACUAUGGUUAAAAAUGUUGUUAUUGGUUGUGGACAUAGAAAUAGUGGCAUGUUUACAGCUGCUGCUGGAUUAUUGGGCCUUGGCGGUGGGUCCAUGUCACUAGUGGGCCAACUCGGCGGGCAAACAGGCGGUGCAUUUAGUUAUUGUUUAGUGAGUCGGGGCACCGACUCGACUGGGUCACUCGAGUUCGGUCGAGGGGUGUUACCGGUCGGUGCGGCGUGGGUGCCACUUAUUCGAAAUCCACUAACCCCGAGUUUUUACUAUAUAGGGUUAUCAGGGCUCGGAGUCGGAGGCGUCCGAGUACCGAUAUCGGAAGACGUGUUUAAGAUCACCGAGCUCGGGGACGGUGGAGUCGUCAUGGACACAGGGACGGCCGUGACACGACUACCCUCAGAGGCAUACGUGGCGUUUCGGGACGCGUUUAUAGCCGAAACCGUGUCGCUCCCUAGGGCACCGGCCGUGUCGAUAUUCGACACGUGUUAUGACCUAGACGGGUUCGUGACGGUUCGGGUACCGACCAUUUCGUUCUUCCUUUCGGGUGGGCAAAUCCUGACCCUGCCAGCUAGGAACUUUCUAAUUCCAGUGAAUGACAAGGGUACAUUUUGUUUUGCAUUUGCUCCAUCACCAUCAAAACUUUCUAUAAUAGGAAACAUCCAACAAGAAGGCAUCCAAAUUUCAUUUGAUGGAGCAAAUGGUUUUGUGGGAUUUGGUCCCAAUAUUUGCUAGCUUAUA